UUGUGGCUGAGAGUAGAUAGUUGGCCAUUCAUUUAUACAUUCUACAGGCUUUAGGAUGCCUCCCUUUGUGCCUGCUCUGCACUGGAGUGCCUUGGUCCAGUGAUAUCAGGGCCUAAGUGUCUUAACUGCUUGGGGCAGGCUGAGAAACUUCCGGGAGGGGAAGGUGCUAGGAACUGAACUUUCUGGGUUGAGUUUGCCAGGCAGAUCUGGAGGAGAUUCCAGGCAAAGCAAACAGACUGCAGCAGUAAUUCCAGAGAAACAAGCUUGAACCAAGGCAACCCCAUCCAGAGACGGCUACUAGAGAGAUUAGGAGAUUGAAUGUCCAUUUUAGUCACCUAAGUGGUUCCCUAGGGACAGCGAUGGGAGUGUCUUAAGAGUUGCCACAUCUCGGACUGUGACCCCGAAUGUCAUCAUUUGGCUCAUCGGGAGGCUGACGGUCGAUUUGGUGUAUAAACUAGCGCGUGAGGCGGGCAGCGCCGUCGAGACCAACGAGCGUGUGAAGAGCGCCCCGGCGUGGCAACCGCAUGCCAACAUCACGCGGGAAAAGGUCAGCCCAUCGGCAGCUGGGGAAGAUGAGACGUGGACCGCGCCUGAAGGCGAGCAGGCCAUGGUGGGCCCUGGAGUCGGGCCAGAGGAUGUGCUGGAGGCGUCAGCAGCAGUGACAGGCACUGUCUGGCUGGAUGCUGACAGUCCAGGCCUGGGCGGAGUGACUGCAGAGAUGGGCAGCGGAGACACCCAGGCCCUGCCAGCCACGCUUCCGGCUUCAGAUGAGGCUCUGGGUCAGUCUUCGAUGCCUCCCACCAUCCCUGAGGCUACAGAGACCAUCGGACCACCUUCCCCUACCCCUGGUCACAAGCUGAUCCCAGGCCCGGAAAUCCCCAAGGAGAACCCCUUGGAGGCUUGGCUGAACCUGGGAAGCAGCACACCUGACCCUCAUGGGCCAGAGCCCACGUACCCCUUUCAGGGCACACUGGAGCCCCAACCAGCAUCAGAUAUAAUUGAUAUCGAGUACUUCGAAGGACUGGAUGGUGAGGGCCGUGGCGCAGACCUGGAGAGCUUCCCGGAGUCGCCAGGAACCUCAGAGCACCACCCAGAUAACGAAGAGGAGACCCCUUCCUGGAGCCUGCUUGACUUAUACGAUGACUUCACCCCCUUUGACGAAUCUGAUUUCUACCCCACCACAUCGUUCUAUGAUGACUUAGAGGAAGAGGAGGAGGAAGAGGAGGAGGACAAGGAUGCAGUGGGAGGUGGAGUCCUAGAAGAUGAAAAUGACUUUCUGGUGCCCAGUGAGAAGCCUGGUCUGGGGGCUGGGGCAGGCCAGCCCACCAGUCGGUGGCAUGUUGUCCCUCCACAGCAUACUCUGGGGAUAGUCCCUGGCAGCAGCAUCGCCCUCCGGCCGGGCCCUGGAGAGCCAGGCAGGGACCUGGCCCCAAGCGUGAAUGGCACUGAGUGCCGCAACGGGUUUGUGCGGCAUAAUGGCUCCUGCCGGUCAGUGUGUGACCUCUUCCCAAGUUACUGUCACAAUGGCGGCCAGUGCUACCUGGUGGAGAACAUAGGGGCCUUCUGCAGGUGCAACACGCAGGACUACAUCUGGCACAAGGGGACGCGCUGCGAGUCCAUCAUCACCGACUUCCAGGUGAUGUGCGUGGCCGUGGGCUCGGCCGCCCUCGUCCUGCUCCUGCUCUUCAUGAUGACGGUGUUCUUCGCCAAGAAGCUCUAUCUGCUCAAGACGGAGAACACCAAGCUGCGUAGGACCAACAAAUUCCGGACCCCAUCUGAGCUCCACAACGAUAACUUCUCACUCUCCACCAUUGCCGAGGGCUCUCACCCAAAUGAUGAUCCUAGCGCUCCCCACAAAAUCCAGGAAGUCCUCAAGUCCUGCCUGAAAGAGGAGGAGUCAUUUAACAUCCAGAACUCCAUGUCGCCCAAACUUGAGGGUGGCAAAGGUGACCCGGCUGAUUUGGAGGUGAACUGUCUUCAGAAUAACUUAACCUGAAGCAGAGCAAGCAGAGAGGAAGAAGUGGGGCGGGGGUGGGGAAAGAACCAUUACUCCUCUUGUACAGCGCCUAUUUCUUGUAACCAUUUGUUAAACUCUUCCUUUUCUGAUCUCAUGGCAUGCUUCAAUGUAUUUUGUACAGGAGGGAAAAAACACAAAAUAAGCGAAGAACUUGAACAGAAUUGCAUUCAUUGGAUUGUUGGUCUGUGCUGUCUGUACAUUGCUUCUGCUGCUGUGAUUUCUAAACCUAUGCUGUUAUUCAACUGACUUUUUUUUUGUACUUUGAUCCACCUUUUUUGGAAAUACCAGUAAAAAACAAAGUUCUUGAAAUAAAACUUUUUAAAAAGUAA